GGCUCAAGCUGCACGUCGUCCACUCACGCCUUCGGCGCUCGUUCCGCGAAGUGGGAUGGGCUCCGGGAGCUCCGUGGCAGUGGCGGGAGCAGCACCAAUCCAUGCGAUCUCCAAGCGCUUGGAUCUCUGGCAGUAGAAAGGAGGCACCGCACAACAAAAGCAGCGCCUUUUUGCUGCUUGUGAGGAACUGCUCUCCAGAUGUUCUUGAAGAAGUGAUCUCCAAUCUGAGCUACGACAGCUGCGACCGACUUUUGAAGGCCUUGGACAUUGACGGCAAUCACCUGGGCGUUGUGCCGGUACCAGCUGCCGUGAGCCCGGCUUCAAUGCUCACCACCUUCUGGAGGAAGAAGCUUGGGCAGGAUGAUGCGUCCCACAUCCCCAUGGUGAAGCCAGCGGAUCUGGGCAUCGUCUCCCGCACCACCAAGAAGUUCCAGGGCAAAGGAGGACAUGACCCCUGGUUCGGGCCCACUGCCUUCACUGUCUUCGGGGAGCGAUGGACGCUGGACGACUUCCUGGGCGCCGGCGCAUUUGGCCAGUCGUACUUGGCCACGCACGAGCCCACCGGGCACCGCUACGUGCUGAAGUUCCUGUCCCGGGACAACGAUCGGGAGCUGCAGUUCCUGCAGCAGGCACCGUUCCAAGUCUUUCAGCAUCCCAACGUCAUCUCCUACGUGGGCAUCAUCGCCCACAUCGGCCAGUCCUGCUCCAGCUGGGACCCUGCCAGAAAUAUUGUGGUCAUGGAGGCUGUGCCCAACGGGGAGCUCUUCGAUCUCAUCACUGCGGAGGGGACGCCCAUGACCGACGGCACCAUGCGCCGCUUGGUGCAUGACAUCAUCAACGGCAUGGCGGAGCUAUGCAAGCACGGCAUCACACACAGGGACCUCAAGCCGGACAACCUUCUGAUCGAUGAGAAUGGACAGGUGGUGAUCAUCGAUCUGGGCUGCGCCAAUUUGAUCCAAUGGCUCCAGCAGGAGGUGGACAUGAGCGCCAGCCCGGACCGCACGCCGCAGCUGAAGACCCAAGACUCCUCCAAGUUCAUGCGAGAGCAAACCUCCGCCAUCGGUACAGACCUAUACCAUGCGCCGGAGCAUGGGCAAAAGACGUACGACUCUGAGAGGGCGGAUGUCUUCACCACUGGUAUCCUGAUCUUUUUGCUGAAGCAGCCGAUUCCGCCCUUCCACCCGUACUUCGGAGGUCUGAAGGUGUUGACGGACGAGGGCGCCAGCGCAUCCUGGUGGGCCCAGAAGGAGUUCGCACAGUUCAGCGGAGCCGACCAGCUCAAGGCGCUGAUCAACUGCCUCUGGUCCAAGGACCCGGAGAAGCGCCCAAGUUUCGAAACACUACAAGCGGCAAUGCGGGCAGAUCCAGAGGUCUUGGAGGCCUUCCCGGCGCUGGAGUGGCUCUCUGGGCAGAUCUCCAAACCGCUGGAAUAUGUCCGAGAGAUCCGGGCGCGACGGCCGAACCUCUCUCUGAAGUGCACGGGUGUCGUGGAGGCUUUGGCGCUCUACAAUCGCGGCUUUGAGAGCCAUGAGCUCGCCUUCCGGGCCGCCAACUUGUGUGGCUCGGGGACUUUGUCGGCGGAGGAGUUGGCCAGGUCCCUGCAGAUGAACAACCGGCUGAUCACAGACGAGAGCGUUGCUGACCUGAUGAACCGCUACAUGACCAAAGAGUGCAAGGAGAUGAGCCUGGAUCAGUACAAGGCUAUGGCCUAUGCCUGGGAGUUCGGGGGGCGGCCCAUCGUCCAUGAUGUGGGCAAGAUGAACUCCCGGCACUUCGCCUUUGCGCCGCGGGCGCCUGACCUGAAGGAGGAGAUUGCAGCCUUCACCUCGCAGGUCACUGAUGCCUUCAAAUCUGCUGGCUACAAGGUGGAUUGUGUGUCCAACGCCGUGGACUCCCUGAAUUUUGCAAAUUCUACAGCGUUCACAGUAAACAUGGGCAAUCAGCUUUGCCAACUGCGCGUCACCACCUUCACUCUCGAAGACAAGCUGGUGGUGCAGAGUCGGAGGUUAUGGGGCUCGUCUGUGGAGGAGUUGUUGAUGCUGCAGCAGAUGAACAACGACCUGGUGAAGGUUUUUGGUGCACGCGUCCAUCUUCCAUCUGCAUUGCAGUGAGGGACGGCCGAGGCACUGUUGCGGCUGGAUUGACCCAAUGUCCAAACAGCCAGGCGCUAAAUUGUCUGACUGACUUGGAAUUCCAGCAAGCAACAAACUUCAUACUUCCAGCCCCGCGGUUCAAACACCCAGACCAUGCCGUGAGUUGCAACGGUCGCUUGGUACUUGCGGGAUGGCCAAGAACGGUUUUUUGGC